AUGGGCAUGUCGACAGGUACAACUGUUGCUGGUCAAGCCAAUGCAACUGGAGGGUUAACAUUGAAUUAUCUGCGUGGACCGUUGGGUAUUGUUGUCGAUGAGUACAGUAAUAUCUAUGUAGCAGAUAGGAAUAAUGAUCGAGUUGUUGUUUGGUCCGAUGGCGCAUUAUCUGGCUCUCUAUUUGCGGGAACUGGUACUGCUGGUAUUUCAAUGAAUCAAUUGAGCGAACCGUAUGGCCUCGCACGUGAUUCAAGUUCCGAUACAAUUUAUGUAGCAGAUUUUAAGAAUCAUCGAAUUAUGCGUUAUUCCCAAAGUAAUUCUUCAGGUACGCUAGUUGCUGGUGGAAAUGGUAAUGGAACAAAUCAGACACAAUUGUUAUUACCAAAUGCUAUUUAUUUCGAUUCAUUGUCGAACAGUCUUCUCAUUGUAAAUACAGGUGCUCACAAUAUUGUUCGGUGGGUGUUAGGUGCCAGUAAUUGGACACUUGCUGCAGGUAAUAUUAAUGGAACAGCUGGUACAUCAUCAACACAUUUAAAGUCUCCGACAGAUGUGACACUCGAUCCGAUGGGUAAUAUGUAUGUUGUUGAUAGAAACAAUCAACGAAUACAAUUCUUUCCAGUUGGUGAAACAAAUGGUACAACUAUUCUUGGUACAACAGGCAUAACUGGCAGCAACUCUACUCUUUUCGAUACACCCUCCUCGAUCAUACUUGAUAAUCA